AUGUCCGAAAGAAUGAGAAUGGGAAGGACGGAUAGAAGAAAUAACAUUGUAAUAAAAGAAGUAAUUUUCGGAGAGCAAAACCUCAAGGAAGGCGUAGCAGCGCUUCUAAGCAAUAAAGAACUGUACUUAUGUUUCAUGGACCUCCAGAAAGCUUUUGACAAGGUGCUGAGAAAAUUAAAUUGGGCAGUACUAAGGAAACGCGACAUUCUAGAUAAGUUAAACCAGGAAUCGGAAAGAUUCAUAACCCCAAUGGGAGUAAGACCAGGUGGAAUAUUGAGUCCUUUGCUCUUCAUCAUACUCAUGAACGAGCAACUGUAUUUUUGCCAACGACAUUACACUGAUGGGGGAAUUGAAAAAACUCUUCAACAGGAGUUAAAUAAUUGGUACGAAAUACUGGAAGAAGACGGAAUGAAACUAGACGCAACCAAAAGCAAUGUUAUGGUAGUGGAAAAAGAAAAGAAAAAGAUAAAUAUCAGAGUGGAAAACACAGAAAUCGAACAAGUGUUGGGAGGAUAUUAA